GUGAAGGAGGAAGACAGAGAGAGAGAGAGAGAGAGAGAGAGAGAGAGAGAGAGAGAGAGAGAGAGAGAGAAAGAGAGAGAGAGAAGUUUCCUGUGCUCUUCGUGCGCGGUCGUUGAUCGCUCAUCUCGCACGAUGGCACAUCUGUAUCCGUGUGUAGCUUUCUUGCAUUGGGAGCCCUGCUGCUUUCAAGAUAACUGAAAAAAAAACAAAAAAAACCCCACAAAGUGUCACCAUGGCUGAAUUUGGAGAGAACAAGAGCAGUCCACCGGUUGCUGGUUGGAAAGCUGCGUCGGGAGGAGCCGGAAUGAGCCUGGAGACGCACGGAGAAGAGCCGGUGUCUAACGGUAACUGCAGCGGCACAGACACCGCGAGGAGGGUCCAAAGCGAAUCCAGCUGCGAGUCCCCGACGUGGGAGAGCGCGGGUUCAGAUUCAGCCACCAGACCAAUCCCUCGACGCAGCAGUCUGAUCAAGGAUGGGUCACGUGCUGGUCGGGAGAGGAAGAAAACGGUGUCCUUCAGUAGCAGCCUCUCAGAAAAGAAGAUCAGCAGCGCUGCCGACUGUAUACACUCUAUGGUUGAGGGGAGUGAGCUGAAGAAGGUGCGGCCCAACUCGCGUGUAUACCAACGCUACUACCUUCUGGAUGCAGGCCUCCAGGCUCUGUGCUGGGAACCAUCCAAGAAGGAGUCAGACAAAGCCAGGAUCUCUCUGGCCUCCAUACGAGAGGUACGGACGGGUCGUAACACAGAAACCUUCCGCACCAGUGGAGUUUAUGAGCAGAUUUCAGAGGACUGUGCAUUCUCCAUUAUCUAUGGAGAGAUGUAUGAGAGCUUGGACCUGGUGGCAAACUCAGCAGAAGUGGCUAAUAUUUGGGUGACAGGCCUAAGGUAUCUGAUGCAGUAUGGAAAACAUGCCCUGGACAUGCUCGCCAGCAGUCAAAACAGCCUUCGUCUUGGGUGGUUGGAGCAGUUGUUCUGCUCCGCUACUGACAAACAUGACACUGAAGAAGGGAUUUGCUUGCAGUCGGCUGUAAAGUUGAUACAAAAUGUGAACCCUGGGGUGAGCAGUAUCAAAGUGGAGCACAGGUUUAAAGAGCUUCAGAGACUUAGGGAGAAGAUGUACGGGCUUACACUAGAUAAUGGAUCAGGAGUUAAUGAUUACAGUGAAAUCAAAAGGCCAAUAGGAAGAAACGAACAAGUCACCAAGCAGGAGUUCAUUGAGGUCUUCCAUGACUUUUGCACACGUCCGGAGAUUUACUUUCUGUUGGUGCAGUUCUCUAGCAACAAGGAGUUCCUGGACACCAAAGACCUGAUGAGGUUCCUCGAGGCUGAACAGGGAAUGGCUCAAGUGAGUGAGGAGACAAGCUUAAAAGUCAUCCAGUCCCAUGAGCCAUCGGAGGAGGGGCGACUGCAGGGAUACCUGUCAUUGGACGGCUUUACCAGUUACCUCACUUCAGAAGAGUGCCGCCUCUUCGACAGGGAGCACGACACCGUGUGCCAGGACAUGUCCCAGCCUUUGUCUCACUACUACAUCAACUCCUCCCACAACACCUACCUCAUUGAGGACCAGUAUCGAGGUCCCUCUGACAUUUCUGGUUACAUCCGUGCCCUCAAGAUGGGCUGUCGAUGUGUGGAAGUGGAUGUUUGGGAUGGUCCUGAUGAGGAGCCGGUGGUGUGCACUGGACACACCCUUUCCCCACCACUUGCCCUACGUUGUGUGUUAGAAGCAAUUGGAAAGUUUGCAUUUGUGGCGUCGGAGUAUCCGUUAAUUGUGUGUAUUGAGAACCACUGUUCACCUCAACAGCAGAAAGUGAUGAUGCAGCAUCUCUUGAGGACACUUGGGGACAAGCUAUAUAUAGACAGUGCAGACGAAGAGGAGUCGUAUCUUCCGUCGCCACAUGCCUUAAGGCAUCGGAUCCUGUUGAAGGGGAAGAAAUUAGAGCCAGGUUGGGAAGGGGGUGACGGGGAGGUAAGUGAGGAGGAUGAAGGGGCUGAGAUGUGUCAAAAGAUGAAAGCAGCUGACAGUGGAGGGUCAGCACCUGGAGGAAGCGAAAAGGACGUGGUUCAGAAAAGCGUCUCUUUCACAGCCGUCACUCAAUGUAAUCCUCCUCAUUUCCCUCCGAAACGGUUCCAACUGUUGAAGGAGCUCUCAGACCUGGUAACCCUUUGCCACUCAAUCCGUUUCAUUGAUUUUCCAACAUCGUCUAAAAGCCAAAAGCCUUGGGAAUUGUGUUCCUUUCAUGAAUCCCUGGCUGUGCGUCUGGUUGCUGAGAGCCCUGGCGACUUUGUCAACCAUAACAAGCACUUCCUGUCACGAGUGUACCCCAACCCCAUGCGCAUUGACUCAAGCAACAUGAACCCUCAGGACCUGUGGAAGUGCGGUUGCCAGAUUGUGUCUAUGAAUUUUCAAACAGCAGGACUGAUGAUGGACCUCAACACAGCCUGGUUCCAGCAGAACGGAAACUGCGGUUAUGUCCUGCGGCCCGCCAUUAUGCGGCAGGAGGUGUCUUAUUUUAGUGCUGACACCAGAGACACGGUUCCCGGUGUGGCUCCACAGCUGCUCCAUGUGAAGGUGAUUAGCGGCCAGAACCUGCCCAAGCCGAGGGGUUCUGGGACCAAAGGGGAUGUGGUGGACCCCUAUGUGUUUGUGGAGAUCCACGGCAUCCCAGCUGACUGCACAGAGCGCCGCACCAGGACGAUUCUCCAGAACGGAGACAACCCCAUCUUCGACGAGAGCUUUGAGUUCCAGAUCAACCUGCCGGAGCUCGCUAUGGUUCGUUUUGUGGUGCUGGACGAUGACUUCAUAGUGGAUGAGUUCAUAGGUCAGUAUGCCAUCCCUCUGGAGUGUCUUCAGCCAGGCUACCGACACGUACCGCUCCAGUCUCUGACAGGAGAAGACCUUCCUCAUGCCAAGCUGUUUGUCCAUGUGGCCCUCACCAAUCGUAGAGGAGGGGGAAAGCCUCACAAAAGAGGUUUGUCUGUGCGGAAGGCCCGGAAAGGGCGGGACUACACAGCCCUGAGGGACUUGGGGGUCCGGGCUGUGGAUGAGGUUUUCAAGAUGGCAGCCCCUUUGCUGAGAGAAGCCACUGACCUGAAGGAAAACAUGCAGAACUCAGUAGCAGUGUUCAGGGAGCUGUGUGGGGUGUCAGCUGUGGCUAACCUCAUGCAGUGCGUACUAGCUCUAGGAUCCAGAGCGGCAGGACCAGACGGGACACCUCUACUGCUGUUUGACCUCCGGGACCACUACCCCACCCUGGAGCCCCAGGGGACUCUGCCGGACGUCCUUCGCCGUGUCGUCUCCACCUAUGAAAUGAUGGUCCAGGCGAGCAGAGCAGUGAUCGAGCUCUCCGAUGGAAUCUACGACAAGAUCUUGCAUAUACAGACAACGGCCAUGGAGUUUCAUGAGAAGCUGCAGAGCCUGGCGGCAAAGGAGGGGCUGAAAGGUCGCAAAGUCAGCCGAGCGCUGGAGAGUUUCAGCUGGAACAUCACCAUCCUUAAGGGCCAGGCUGACCUGCUGAAACGUGCCAAGGCUGAAGUCCAGGAGAACAUGAAGCAGGUCCAUGAUGCCGCUCUGACUGGAAACCUCAGCAAAGAAGGUGUAGGAGUGAGAAGAGUACGCUCCCAGACACGAAGAGGCCAGGACGACAAACCCACACCAAGUGUUAGAGGAACCACGGUAUAGCAAGUGAAUGAAGGAGGACGUGACCAAAUUGCCAUCGUAGCUGCUGUGACAAACUCUCCAGAUGUUAUCAAACUUUUCCAACAUGGUAUAGCAAGUAAGGUGUUUUUUGAGUACAGAAGAGUUGAUGAAUGUAAAAGUCUUCAAAACGCAGCCAAAUGCAAACGUUGCUGCUGAGAGGAAGCAGAAGUUAAAAGAUUCUGGGAAGAUGAAUGUAGUGAGAUGUGAAACCAAGGUGCAGUUUGUUCGUACUGUAUUAAACUGUAAAUACACCAAAUGUCUACUAACCUCUUCUUACAGUAUGUGCAAUGUUUUUGAGGUUGGAGGUGAGUCUUGUCAUCUUUCGAGCACUUUCUAGGAUGAUUUAAACUUUAACCAUAAGAUAUUCAAAAGCUUCAAAUUUCCUUGAAAAACUGCCACGUCCACAUGAUAGCAGCUUGUGUUGCUUAAAGCUAUGAUCAAGCAAUAUCAAGGAAGGGUUCAAUUUAAAAUCAGGUCGCGGUGCCUGCGCAUUAAAAAAAGACACACUUUUUUGAUCAUUUCCAUUGGAAAAGCUAACGUUUGUGGAUGUUUUAGAUGUUUUUUUCAUGACCCAGUGCAGCUCCCGUACUGUAUGUCUGUCCAGCUUCUAUGAAUUAUUUGUGUCCUGGUUUUCUCCUCUUGAUCAAGUCACCUUGAGGUCCUUCAUCAUGCCACAUCUCUCACUACUGUUGUCUCACGUACAGUAUUAUAUAUUUUUGUAUCUUCUUGAAGCCUGUGUGCACUGUUACCCGCUGUAAUGCUCGACUCCAGAACUUUAAAUGUCUGCCUCUAGAGAACAAAAUGCUGUUAUGUUGACAGUGCUUACUUUGUGUGCAAAACACUGUACAGUAUUUUAUUAUGUAAUUCUAUCCUUUUGCUGUUAAAGAAUAUUUUACAUAAGUUAUUUAUCUUGAGUGAAAACAUUCCAGUCACACGUAUCGGUGCAGUAGAUGAGGCUCAACCUGUUCAGCUCUGUAAAAAAGAGUUCAUGAUCACCUUCCUA